AUGGCGAGUAAAAGAGCAUUCCUUCAAGAAAACCUGGAAGAGGAGCAAGAAGAAUCAUCUCAAAAACGACUCUUUGAAGAACCGACCCCAGAAAUUCAAACCUCAAAAAAGGGUGGAAAAGAAAAUGAAAAAGAUAGAUUUGGACCGACUCCGGUUCCGAGUGGAAAAGAAUUUCUCAGAGACGAAAAUAAGGUUCAAAUGAGAACUGCUCAUAUAAGGCUACAGAAAGACUUGAAAACGAUCAACAAACGGGCGAAAAAUGCGUCGCAAAAGGCCGAAAUGCUGAAAAUUCUUGAGCCGACAGAACAUGGAGCGAUGAAGAAAACGGGCAAAAUCUAUUCUCAGAAAGAUAUUCUAAAAGUGGCGGAUGUCCAGACGAUGCAGAAGAAGUUCUCGCUCGAUUUGGACAUGGGCCCGUAUAUUGCUCGAUACGACGCUAGCGGAAGACAUCUUCUCCUGGCUGGAGAGCUUGGUCACGUGGCCAUGAUCGAUCAUUACACAAAAAUGCCAAAAUGCGAGUUUUCCGUAAAAGAAAAGAUUUCGGACGCGAUUUUCCUCCAAAAUGAAAAGCUAAUGGCCGUAGCGCAGAAAAAGUGGACUUAUGUUUACGAUAAUCAGGGGACAGAAAUUCACUGUUUGAAGAAAACGGAUAGAGUGAACAAGAUGAAUUACUUGCCCUAUCAUUUUCUACUCGCUUCAAUUAACAGACUAAAUUAUCUCUCCUACAUCGACAUAUCAAUCGGAAAAGAAAUCUACUGCAAGCGAGUGAGCGAAGAAGGAAGUCUAAAUGUCAUUUGCAACAAUCGAACGAACGGGAUCAUCCAUCUUGGCCACACGACGGGAACUGUCACUCUUUGGUCGCCAAAUAGCGAGAAAUUCGUUGCAAAGAUGUUGUGCCACAAAAGUAAUGUUAUUUCCACGGCUGUUUCAAGCGACGGAAAAUAUAUGGCGACUUCAAGUCAAGACGCGUCGCUGAAAAUUUGGGAUUUGCGAACUUGGAAGUGUUUGAGCACGAAAAGAUUGCCUCGAGGAGCGCAUCAGCUACAGUACUCGCAGAGAGGAUUGCUGGCGGCUUCGUUUGCCAAUGUUGUGGAAUUGUGGAAACAUCCUUGGGAAGAAGAAUGCACACAGCCAAUAAUGCAGUACAAAACGGCUCUCACUCCAACCACCCUUGAUUUCUGUCCGUACGAAGACGUGCUCGGAAUCGGCUCCAAAAAGGGCUUCGAAAGCAUCCUCGCUCCUGGAGCGGGAGAACCAAAUCCAGACAGCUGGCAGUACAACCCCUUCCAGACUAAAAAGCAGCGGGCGGAGACGGAAGUUAGAAUGUUACUGGAAAAGGCGCCGGCGGAUACGAUUUGUUUGGAUCCGAACUUGCUGGCGAAAUUGGACGAAAGCGCUGCUCAGGGUGGCUAUUUUGGAUUUGGGGAAUUCGACGAAGAACAAUUGAAACGAGUUGGAUUCAAGCGGGAUAGAAAGUUCGAACCUCGAGUACGAAAGCGAGGAAAAGGCAAAACCGGAGCGAAGGAAGCAAGAAAGUCGAAAAUGCGAGAAGCUGCGUUCAAGAAGCAUUUGCUGGCAAAGAGGGAAAAAGAAAGCAAACAGACGAUCGUCAAAAAGGAGCAGGCGAAGAAUGUUCUGGCCAGAUUCAUGAAGAAAGACAACUGA